CUGCCGGCUCCCCCGGUGAGGCGGUCGGGCAGCGCCGGGUUUCGGCGCUCCGUGCUCGUGGGCCGGGUUGCUCUCUGGGGAGACCGGCCGGUUGUUGGGGUUCAAACCUUGACUCAUCGCCGAGCUUCGGGUGUUUGCUGGGCCCGCGCUGCCGCGGCGACCGGGGACCCCGGCGGCGGGAGGCGCCACCCCGGUGCCGGUGAGCGGCUGAGCGGCCGCCGACCCUGCGCCGGUGGGGAGCCUCGGCGCAGCUGUGGCCGCAGUGAGACGGGAACUCGCCUGUGUGCGCAGCCUUUCCUUGAGAAGAUCGGCACCAAAGUCCCUGGUCUCAAAGAUGCUGAGCUUUUUCCGCCGAACCCUUGGACGGCGGUCUAUGCGUAAGCAUGCAGAGAAGGAACGGCUAAGAGAGGCCCAAAGAGCUGCAACCCACAUCCCUGCAGCUGGGGAUGCAAAAUCCAUCAUUACUUGCCGAGUAGCACUGCUGGACGGAACAGAUGUCAGCGUGGACUUACCGAAAAAAGCCAAAGGCCAGCUCCUGUUUGAACAGAUCAUGUAUCAUCUGGACCUUAUAGAAAGUGACUACUUUGGAUUAAGGUUCAUGGAUUCUGCACAAGUGGCGCAUUGGUUGGACAACACAAAAAGCAUUAAAAAGCAAGUUAAAAUUGGCCCACCAUAUUGUCUGCAUUUUCGUGUAAAGUUUUACUCAUCAGAGCCCAACAAUCUACGUGAAGAGCUAACAAGGUAUUUAUUUGUUCUGCAGCUAAAACUGGAUAUUCUUAGUGGAAAAUUGGAAUGUCCUUUUGACACAGCCGUCCAGUUGGCAGCUUAUAACAUGCAAGCUGAACUUGGAGACUAUGAUCCUGCUGAACAUGUACCUGAACUGGUGUCUGAGUUCAGAUUUGUUCCCACUCAGACUGAAGAGAUGGAGCUAGCCAUUUUUGAGAAGUGGAAGGAAUGCAGGGGGCAAACACCAGCACAGGCUGAAACUAACUACUUAAACAAAGCUAAGUGGCUGGAAAUGUAUGGUGUAGACAUGCACAUAGUCAAGGCAAGAGACGGCAAUGAUUACAGCUUGGGACUAACACCUACAGGAGUUCUUGUCUUUGAAGGAGACACAAAGAUUGGUUUGUUUUUCUGGCCAAAGAUAACAAGGCUUGAUUUCAAGAAGAACAAACUCACUCUAGUUGUUGUUGAAGAUGAUGAACAGGGAAAGGAGCAGGAGCACACUUUUGUCUUUAGACUGGAUCACCCCAAAGCCUGCAAACACUUGUGGAAAUGUGCAGUGGAACAUCAUGCCUUCUUCCGGCUCCGAGGUCCUGUCCAAAAAAGUUCAAGUCGAUCAGGCUUCAUUCGGUUAGGAUCCCGGUUCCGAUACAGUGGGAAAACAGAAUAUCAAACCACCAAGACCAACAAAGCCAGGAGAUCAGCAUCCUUUGAAAGGAGGCCCAGCAAGAGAUAUUCAAGACGAACACUGCAAAUGAAAGCACAUUCUGCUAAACUUGAAGAAACAAGUACUGCAAACAAUGCUGUUAUCAACCAGAUUAAUGGAUCACAAAGCUGGAAUGCAAAGCCCAACCUACCUGUCCUAACAGCAGUUCCUUCUGCCCCAGUCUUAGUGGAAAUAGAAAACCUCCCAAGGAGCCCAGGAGCCAGCCAGCAAGACAAGAAGUGCAUACCUCUUGUUGAUUUGCUAGAUAGCACGGAGUUGCCAGAAACUUGUGUCGAUGAUGCCAUAGGCCGUCCAGUUGUUGGCUUGGCCACAGGAGAUUCAGAAGAGGCUGUUAGUUGCCCUCAUCCUGGCACAAAGGAAACUGCUGCUGAAAAAGCAGACUCUGAUCCGUUUGAAGACACAUUCCUAAAACUGAAGCAGCUGGAGACAGAGCGCAGCAGCCCCAUGCCAACUGAGCAUCUCAAUGUAAACAUAAAUGUACAGGAUGAAGUGGUAAAGUUGACAGAUAAAUGUCUUAACAAUGCAAUUGAGACCCCAGUUGCCGCAGCAACGUGGCUUCCAGCAGAUAUCAAAAGCAAUAUCCUGAAGGCCCAGGCAGAAGCAGGGCACAAGGUCAUAAGAGAAGACAGCCUGACAGGUGUCAAGAAUUCCAAUAUUCAGGAUGCUGCUACCAGGAACAUUCUCCUGUCAGGCAAAACACAGAGUAGUCCCCCAGCAACCAGUCCAGUAUUUCAAGACCCAAGAGAGCUCCUGAAAGUAAUCCCUGCCUCAAACACCUUUGUUCCUAGUGCGUUAAAUGAGGACAACACUGCCUCUAACGAUGAGGACCUGCUGAUUCCAGUUAAUCUGGCUCCAGCUGAGGAGGCUGCUGUUUCAAAGAGCACUCCAGAUGACCAGGACGUUUCCUUAACAUCACUGACAGAGAAUCUGAUUGACUUUACAGAAGCCACACCUCGGGUGUCUUCCCAGCCCACGAUAACACCGAGGUGGAUAGUGCCAACUGGACUGAUUUCCAACGGGCCUUUGGGAAAUGAUGUUGCCUUAGCUAUGAGGGCAGUGAGAGGCAGCACGGAGACUCUGUUGUCGUCGACUGGAUUGCCACCAUCCCAGCAGACAUCCAAAGUCCUUGCAAACCCAGUCACUGAGGAUGCUACAAUAAGGAUGAAAUGUUUACUCACCACCGAACUCUAGAACAAGGACUUUCUGCACUUCCCACCUUGUAAAAACUCCAAUCUUCUAACAUAUCUCCAAGGGAUCCUUCCGACAGACUUGCUUGAGAUCAGCGUCUUGCUGAAUGGGAAUCAAACAGCCAGCUGGUUUGCCAGGAUCCAAGACGAGACAUCUACAUUUAUUGCCAUCUAACUGGAAUUACAGUCUAACACAGGACAUAAAACCACAUGCACAUUUGAUCUUCUCCCUUAGGAGAAGUGAAAUGCCACGCUGGAGUUAGUUCUGAACGUGAGGAACAGAAUCUAGUUGUGUUCCACUCACACUAGGUUUAGUCUUUCUUACCCUGUGCUGCCUCUCGAGUGUAAUGGCAAGCGUCCACUGUGACGUUAGCUGUGUAGUGUCUGAGCACAGUAUCCCUGAUAUCGGAAAGAUGAGAACUUGUAGGGCCACCUUGCGGCCAUACUACGAACGGUGGCUCACAGUAGUGGUGACCAUUUCAUAUGGCCAAGGACAUUUCUUCUGUGUGACUAUUCACUCUGGUUUUCCUUUGUUUCACCACCACAUACUCUCCUUUUUGGCCUUAAACCCCUUAAUAAUCCCUGCUCUUCUAGUCACAGUACCUGGAAAGAAUGAAGAUCUAAUCCGUCAGUGACCAGCUAUGUUGACUGGAUUUGAGCUGCUCGUUGCAACCAGGAAAAGAAAAUUAACCUGCCAAACAGCUUAUAGCAUUAGCAGACUACAGCAGAGGUCCCACACUUUGACACUGAUUAUUUAAUUUCCAAUAUGACUCAAAUACUUGCAUUUUAAGUGAGAGACAUGUAUGUUUUAAAUUCUGAAGCAGUGAAGGCAUGAGUACAGCUUACCUCUGGAACUGAUUAUUGGUUAGUUUUGUUGUCAUAUAGGACUAGGAAGGAAAAUAAUUUUCUUGUUUCUGUUCAUAUUGUUUCUGGGUGUUGUUUCCAGAUGCUGCGCUUUGGGAAUACUUACCAGGUAUGUUUGUGGCAUGAGGGUAGGACUAGAUCAGUUCUUAAUACCACCUCGAAUCCUGUUCCAAGUGUCAUCUAACAGUUGUAUGUGGAACAAAGAAUAGAAAGAAUAAGGUGAAAACGGGAAAAAAGAUUAAAAGUUCCUGUAAGCAGCUCUCUUCUUUGUGGAAGAAAGGAAGGUAGGAGCAAGAGCAUGCUCCACAGAGCUGGUGAAAGCCUUUUGGUGCUGAGGUAAAGUACAGGAUACAAUAUAUAGGAGAUCCCUUGAGUUCUGGGCAGCAGGAUCCUCAUGUGCACCUGUAGAGGUGAGCAUACGGACCUUGGGGAUACAGCCUGCGAAAAGGUCAGAGCAGUCAGAGGGAGGAAAACACAGAAGCCCAAUGACGAACUCCACAUCUCCUAACACGGAUGCACAGAUGAAACAGCUGGGCUCUUUCUUUCUUAGGAAGAGGUUUGUACAUAUGGCUGGGGUGGGAGGAUGCUUCCUGCAUAGUGCUGCUGUUUAUAAAUACACACACGUGGUUCUUGGAAACAAUUUUAAAUGUGAAAGUUGUUUCUGAAACCUGUAUGCACAACUUCAUUUCUGCACACCGGCUGCGUGCACGUCUCUCGGUGUAGAUAAAGAAUUGGACCAAACCACUGUGGGUUGUGCAAGUAAGCUGGUGCCCGGCUGGGCUGCGUCUUGCAGGGUAUGUCUGUCGUACUUGGGCGUUCUCACUACUGCUUUUGUUUGCAAGAUGCUGAAAGAGGGUGGUAGGGAAGAAGCUAGGCGGCAUUUCCCUGGCCCACUGCUGCUCCUCAAAACCCCCAAGGCCUGAAUAGAGAAACAGAAACCACAGGGAGCUCUUGGGACUGAUGUACCAGAGUGACUCUGCAGACAAUGAUGUGCAGCUGUUGCCUCAAGAACCGGGGGCCAGAAUCGAUGGCAGGCGCUUCAGGUCCCUCUCAGCCAGCGCCUAAAGCGCCGCCUGGGCGGGCUCCCCGCGCUGCUGGCCAGAGGGGAGCUGCUGUCCUGGACCAGGUGGGAUGUUUCCGCUUGCAGCUGUUCAGCGCUGUCAUCGUUACUUCCAGUUGAGUUUCAGUUUUUUUAUAUACCUUUCAGUCCGAGCCGUAUUGCGUAUUAAAAUGUAGAAGGUUCAAAUAUCAAAUGUUUUAGCCUGGAUUAAUAAUGCAGUUGCCAGCAGAGUUCCUGCAGGAAAAGGGAAGCCCUGGCUACAACAGUCUGCUUCCUGCACAAAGCCAGGACUGUGUGGGGAAACUUGGCACUUGCUGUGGAUUUGUUUGCUCAGCAGCUGAGCUGGCGUUCGCCAGCUACAUGUGUUGGUUUGGUAAACAGACAGAACGCAGCAGCAUUUUCUUUAAGGCAUGUUCGAUAUUUGACUUUUCCUGUUGGGUUCAGGAGCUCUGUGAAUGGGUAGCUUGAAUCUCUCGCAAAAGUAGAACAAGUUUACAGUUUUACAGCAUUGCAUGUUGAAUUACCAUCCUUAUUUGCUGUAUGCCAUUGCUUGGGAGCAAUCUAACAAGUAAAUAACAUGUGUGUCCAUCCCCCUAAAAUCUAAAUGGUUCCAAGCAGCCAACUGUUACUUCAGCAUGGUCAGGAUAGUGGUGAUCGAAGGGGAAUGCUGUGUUUUCAUACAUGUGCACACACAAAAAUUUCAAAGGGGGAAGGUUUUUCUCAAUUUUCAGAGGACUAAUACUUGAAACAAUUUAAAAAUUCAAAAUUUUCAACUGUUAAAUUGGAGACUUGCAAUUUCAAGUAGAUUUAGGGCUGCAAACCCAACUCUUUUCAGUGACAUUUAAUACUUGGAGCAAAUAUUCACUCCAUUUAACUCAACAUAGCUUAUUUAGCUACUCCAACUCCUGGUUUAUGUAGGGAGCCUGGUGAGACUCAGGUGCCACAGUUAAGUGAUCCAAACAGACACGUAGGUGGGUGUCUGGACAUCCUGUAGUUUGGCAUCACUGUUUUACUUUAAAACUACAGGUAUCGUGUUGUAUCGUGACUGGCUAACAGGUAACGUAGCAUUACUCAUCACCUGCGUUUUAUCAAACACAAGUAGGUAUAAUGGUUCCUACAGUUGGUGUUAUAAAGUAUUAAUUAAUGCCUGUGUGGCACUGAGAAAAAGGGAUUUUCAUACCAUUGCUAGACUAUGAAUUGAUUUGCUAUAAGGUCCAAUCAUCCUCUAAAAGUUUAUUUUUUUGUAUUUAUUUAAAGAGAUUUAUAAAUAGAACUUUUGUGUGAGUCUGGUGUUGGGAUGUUGGCAGGUCUGCCAACCGCUUAAAAGCUUUAAGAGUUGACAGGAAUGAAUAAGUCCAUAUUCUGUUGCAGUCCUUUGGAAAAAGCCAGCUCCCUGGUUUAAAAAAAAAAAGAAAAAAAAUCAAUUUUUUUUCCUAGCAAAAUUAUUGCCUCUUGACUUACUACUGCCUGUCCUCACUAACUGGCCUUGGACCAUUUUGCAGUGCGUGCACGUAAUGCUGAUCAGAGAUGGAGGCUUUUGAACUCUUACCAUUUAAAAAUGAUAAAUUACACCAAAAACAUAUAAGUAAUUGGAUCUAAAAGUGAUUUUACUCCAGUCAUACUCCAUGAGUGAUUAGAGUAAAAGAUUUGAUAGAAAUCUUAACUUUAUAAUAAUACAAGAAGCCCAGCUGGUAUCUUAGACUGGUUAAUCUCGGGGAGAUGCUGGACCUUGGAGCUGCAUUCCAGUCUCACCGUUUAUUGCCAAAGGAAGAGACAGUCUACGUGUGCCAAGUGUGCGGCAGCGGUCUGACGGGCUUUUGAAAUGGGUGUUAAAACAUCGGAGGUCAGGCCCUCCUGCACUUGGAUUAAGGGAAUCUCUUCUUUACCUCAGUAAUAAUGAGGUUUAAUAUUAGGUAACUCAUAUGACAUAAAAUAACUACUUACCUGGUAAUCAGUCAUGGUUAAUGAAUUAGCUUCAGUGUAUUUGAUUUUAAACUUAAAUUCCAGAUAUACUUUGUCAAAGACAGCAGUGUAAAAGCGAUUUUUUUGGACACAACUUUGGCAAGAAAAUUUUCAGCACCACUAGAGGAGCUCAGGUGAACGGUCCAGUUACAUUUGGGUCUCCUCCCAAAAACUAUUUUCAGCCCUUGCCUGUUAUCUCUUUGCCUGCACCUUGUUCGUUCGCCUUUCUUGAAGCAAAGGUGCACUGCUAAGAUCAGCGUGUCCUUCAUAGAGAGCACUAGAUAGAUUUUUCACAUUGUGAACAUAUUCUGGUACAACUCAAAUCUUCCACAGAUAAAGUGUGAGCAGCUCUGUUCCACGGCCAGCUAGCAUUUAAAGCUCUCUCUGGGCCCAUAGAGUGUGUGUUAGUCUAGAAAGUUGUAGUAAAAUUAUACAGCUGUUAGAUUGGUCAUGUCACAGCUUUCAAAUGCAGCUGGACAAUCAUAACUUUUAUACCAAAAAAUAAAAACAAUCCAUGCUAACAGCCUGUCAGUGGUGCAGGUGUAACCAGGGUGCGUUUGCUCUGAGUGAGCACCGUAGCCGUAAGUACAGCGCCCUUCCCACCACCCUCGAAUGGAGGUAGAGUUGAUGUGACUUCAUUAUGUGCCACGCUACCUUGUCACGGUGUUCCAGAGGGGGAUCCGGGUGGUCGGCACAGUUGAAAGCUGGGAUCCAUCACUCAGCACCGCGCGUGGUUGUGGGUGCUGCCCAUGUGGUGAAGUCAGACCUACACAGCAGGGAACCGCAGGGUUCUCCCACAGAGUUUCUCCUCCUUUUUACUGUUUGGCUUCAGCACUCUGCUUCAUAAACACACACACACACCCCCCACCUGUAACUGGACAAACUUAUUUUUGAAGUAUGUAUGGAUAUUUUUUUAGCUAGAUUUUUUUUGUGUUAAAGCCACACUAACUACUGUAUUUUUACCUUUUAUAUGUAAAGCUUGGCAAUAGCUCUCAAUGUAUAAUUUAUUUGUUGGAUUUUUAUAAAACAAAGCACACCUUCUUGCUUCUGUUUCACAACAGUAGUGAUGUAUGAACUGUUCUAGGCACUGCACUGAGAUCUGUGUUGAAAUUGAAACUGUACGUGGGAACGAGAAACUGUGAUUUGUAGUCCACUGAACCCAAUCUUGAAAUGUUUAUACUGUAGUUUUGUCUUAAAUACACCACAUCAGUGCAAAA